AUGGAGCCUGCUACAGAUUCGGAGAAACUCCCAAAUGAUCCCAAACUCGACAUUGGUCCAGGCCAGAGCGACGAAAGCACCACGGUUUCACCAGUCAUUGACGAUGUUGAAACGCAUCUCCAGGCUGACCUCAAUCCAAAAGAGUCAAAUCAGCAGGAAAGGCGCGAGGUCAGAGGUUGGAAAUGGGUUGUCGUUGUGCUAGCCAUCUACAGCUCGCAAUUCCUGUUCGCCCUCGACCAGACCAUAGUAGCCAACGUCCAACCCGCCAUUGUCGAGCAGUUCAAAUCCGGGGGCAGGCUUACAUGGGUCAGUGUUCCCUCUCAUCGGCGCCGCUGGAACAAACUUGGUAUGGGGCAAAGUCUAUUCUCAGUUCAAUAUCAAAGGACCUAUGUCGCGACCAUCUCGUUUUUUGAAGUCGGUUCUGCUAUUUGCGGCGCUGCUCCGGACAUGGACUCCUUGAUCGAACGUCCUGUGUACGUCGGCGGAGCGGGCCUGGUCUGGGGUAUUGGAACAGUCCUGGGCCCUAUAAUCGGUGGGGCAUUCACCGAUUCGUUUGCAACCUGGCGCUGGUCAUUUUACAUCAAUCUUUGUGUUGGUGCCGUCUGCGCCCCCGUCUACCUAUUCAUGUUGCCUAACAAGGACCCGCACCGCGGUAUCAGCCUUGCCAACCGUGCUCGUGAGUUUGACCAUCUUGGAACCAUCCUUCUAAUUGGUGCUUUCUUUUCGGGAGUCAUGGCCGUAUCAUUCGGUGGUGUCAUGUACCCGUGGAACUCGGGCAAGAUCAUUGGCCACUUUUGCUGCUCUGCUAUGCUAUUCGUGCUAUUUGGCGUGCAGCAGGUCUAUGCCCUCUUUACGACCCCUGCUCGUCACAUAUUCCCCGUCAAAUUCAUUAAGAGCCGCACCAUCCUAAUAUUGUUCGCCAUGACUGCAGCUGAUGGAACGAGCAUAUUCCUUUCCAUCUACAUGACGCCUCUCUAUUUCCAGUUCAGUCGUGGAGAUGGAGCGCUGGAGUCUUGCGUUCGGCUUUUACCCUUUAUCAUGUUAAUGAUGUUUGCCACCAUUUUGAACGGCGCAUUCCUGUCCAAGAUGAGGUAUUAUAUGCCUUGGUACCUCGGCGGAGGUGUCCUAGUUGUCAUUGGUGGUGCACUCAUGUUUACAAUUACUGGCAUCACUUUAUCCCUCGCCAUUGCCAAUGCGGUAUUUCUCAACAAAAGUGAAGAUGGAAUCAUGGCCAUUUUACCAAAUACGCCAAUCGCGAAGAUCCAGCAGACUAUUACUGGAGCGGGGUCUACACUUUUCGACAACCUGUCAGCAGAUGAUCGGCAGCGGGUCUGGAUCGCUGGUCACCGUAUUGAGACUUCUGAUGAAGAGAGAGGGGCUUUUAUGACUCCUGCGGCAGCAUCUGAGUGA